AUGGCAUCACGCCCGAUCGUACUGAGGUUCGAAAGCCGCAACGGCCAGUUCCGGUUGACGGUCAACCCGCAAGACCUAUUCCCGUCUCUGCAGCCACAGAUCCUAGAGCGUCUCCCUCCGAACGUCGAUCCCUCUUCCAUCACCCUCUCCAACCGCCCCAUCGGCACCGGUGGUGAGGAGAGACUCCUCAACAGCUUAGAUGGCGUGGGUUUCGACAAAGUUGGUCUCAAGCACGGCGAUAAGCUCUUCAUCGGGUAUCAAGAAAACCAAGGACAGCAGAAUGGCACAGCCAACGGCCAUAUAACCCCCAGCGCAGGUGACGCUUCGCGACGUCUAAAUGGAGCUCCUGUGCCCCAAAGCGAAACAGCCACAAUCAAGAACCCUUGGGACGUGGUGCAGCAAUCGCCGCUAGAUGAUAUGUUGGAUAAGAAGGAUGGGAAGAUAAAGCGAGGCCUCGAUACGAAGUUCUGCCGACACGGGCCCAAGGGAAUGUGCGACUACUGCAUGCCGCUCGAGCCUUACGACCCCAAGUAUUUGGCGGAGAAGAAGAUCAAGCACCUCUCGUUUCAUUCGUAUCUGCGGAAAAUCAACGCCUCUACCAACAAAGCCGAACUCAACAGCUCGUUCAUGCCCCCGCUCAGUGAGCCGUAUUACCGAGUACGGCGAGACUGUCCCUCUGGACACCCGCAGUGGCCGGAGGGUAUUUGCACCAAGUGCCAGCCGAGCGCGAUCAGUCUGCAGCCGCAAGAGUUCCGGAUGGUGGACCAUGUGGAGUUCUCCUCGCCGGAUCUCAUUAAUUCGUUGCUCGACUUUUGGCGGAAGUCGGGCGCUCAGCGGUUAGGGUUUCUCUACGGUACCUAUGAGGAGUAUAAGGAGGUUCCGCUGGGCGUAAAGGCCGUGGUCCAGGCCAUCUAUGAGCCACCACAAGUGGAUGAGGUGGAUGGAGUUACGCUCCAUGAAUGGCCCAACGAGAAGGAGGUGGACGAGGUCGCACAUCUCUGUGGUUUGGAGAGGAUUGGCGUGAUCUUUACCGACCUACUGGACGCGGGUCGUGGAGACGGUUCGGUAAUUUGCAAACGACACAUCGACUCCUACUAUCUGUCCUCCUUAGAGAUCGCUUUUGCAGCGCGGAUGCAAGCGCAACACCCCAAGGCCACGAAAUGGAGCCGGACAGGCCGCUUCGGCUCGAAUUUUGUCACCUGUGUGCUGAGUGGCGACGAGGAGGGCGCCAUUUCAGUCAGUGCUUACCAGGCGUCAGUAGCCGCCGUUGAGAUGGUCCGCGCGGACAUUGUCGAACCAUCGGCGGAACCCUCGGUCAUGCUGGUGCAAUCCGAGGACGACGACACCGAGAACAAGUCGCGGUAUAUCCCCGAGGUCUUCUAUCGCAAGAUCAACGAGUACGGCGUCAGCGCUCAGCAGAACGCCAAACCCAGCUUCCCCGUUGAGUACCUCCUGGUCACCUUGACACACGGUUUCCCAACGGACGCCUCUCCUCUAUUCACCGACAGCAGCUUCCCCAUCGAGAACCGCGAAGUCAUCGGCGAGAGCCAGGAGCUCGUCCACGUGGCGAAGAAGCUAGUGACCCACGGCGACCCGGACAAAGCGAUCCAAGCCGUCUCGGACUUCCAUAUGCUGUGCUUCCUGCAUUCCCUGUCGACAUUCAACAAGGACGAAGAAGCACUACUCUGCCGCGUCGCGACGCAACGUGCCCCCGCAGAUGGCCUGCAGCUGAUCAACACCCCUGGAUGGGCUACCCUGGUGACCAUUCUUCAGGAAAGUGGUGAGCGCCCCCCUAAGCGCCCCUGGCUGCCCACACCCGAGCCUUACCCGCCACGUUCAGUGCCCUACAACCCCGGAAAACGUUCCCUCCCCUCCUCCUCUUCCUCCUCUCAUCUCAGGCCCGAGUCUCCCAAAUCUGAAAGUGAACGUCUUGCUAAGAGGUUUAAGGGAGCUAGUCUAGAAUGA